AUGGCGCUGCGCGACGUGCUGCUGUCGAUAGCGCAGACGCCGCACCGGCUGCGCAGGAGGGCGCUGGUGACGUGGACGCCGGCGCAGGAGCUGAACGAGGUGCGGGACCGGUCGGGGCCGCGCAUGAAGCGGCGGCUCGAGUGGUACGACCUCGUGGGGCUCGGCGUCGGCGGCAUGCUCGGCGCGGGCGUCUUCGUCACCACGGGGAGGGUGGCGCGCGACACCGCGGGGCCAGCCGUCUUCGUGUCCUACGUCAUCGCCGGCGUCUCCGCGCUGCUGUCAUCCUUCUGCUACGCCGAGUUCUCCGUGCGCGUCCCCGUCGCCGGCGGUGCCUUCAGCUACCUCAGAGUAACGUUCGGCGAGUUCGUGGGGUUUUUCGGCGGAGCGAACAUUCUGAUGGAGUACGUGCUGUCGAACGCGGCGGUGGCGAGGAGCUUCACGGACUACCUGGCCUCGACGUUCGGAGUCACGGAGCACAACGCGUGGAGGAUCGUCGUCGACGGCAUCGCCGACGGGUAUAAUGCCCUGGACGUGCCGGCCGUCGGGCUCAUCCUCCUCAUAACCGUAUGCCUGUGCUAUAGCUACAUAGGCUACGACUCGGCGUGCACCAUGGCCGAGGAGAUCCGGGAACCCUCCCGCGCGCUCCCCGUCGGCAUCGCCGGCUCGGUGCUCGUCGUGUCCGCGCUCUACUGCCUCAUGUCCGUCGCCCUCUGCGUGAUGCUGCCCUACACCGAGAUAUCGGAGGCAGCCCCGUUCUCGUCGGCGUUCAGGGAGAAGGUGGGGUGGAGGUGGGCGAGCAGCGUGGUUGGCGCCGGCGCCAGCAUCGGCAUCGUGGCGUCGCUGCUGGUGGCGAUGCUGGGGCAGGCCAGGUACCUGUGCGUCAUCGCCAGAGCGCGUCUCGUGCCGCUGUGGUUCGCCAAGGUCCACCCUUCCACAGGCACUCCGAUGAACGCCACCAUCUUUCUAGUGUUAAGAGAACUACAUACAUACCCAGGGUUCUGCACUGCAGCAUUAGCACUCUUCACGGAGCUGCAAAUAGUGUUCGAGAUGAUAUCCAUCGGAACCCUGCUGGUCUUCUACCUGGUCGCCAACGCACUCAUCUACCACCGGUAUGUGAAGAUCGGCACAAACCGGCCCCUGCAUGUCCUCCUCUUCCUGCUGCUCCUCACGCUGAGCUCUCUCGGCUUCUCCCUCUCGAGGAAGAUCGAUGAGUGGUGCCGGUGGGGGAUGGCACUGUUUGGGGCGAUCUCCAUAGCAAUCACCACCAUCUUCCACUGCACAGCACGGCAGGACAUCACGGGGCCCCCAUUGGAGUGGUCAGUCCCUCUAAUGCCAUGGCCUGCUGCUGCAUCUGUCUUCCUGAAUGUGUUCCUGAUAACCACCCUCAAGGUGAGAUCAUUCCAGAGGUUCGGCAUCUGGAGUCUUGUGAUCAUAGUUUUCUAUGUCUGCUAUGGGGUGCACUCCACAUACUCUGCAGAAGAAAAUGAAAUUGUCAAUGCAAUGAUCCAUCAUGCAAAUCUGGACAUAUCUUAGCAGUGGCUGGGUAUGCCAGAAGUUACAAUUGGAGCUCAAUAGAUUGGCAAUUAGGCCAUCUUGGAGAUGGUCCCAGGCCUAAAGAUGGUGCAAAAGAGUCUUUUGCUUUAGGUUAAUCCCUCCUUUUUCCUGCUUUUGUGCUUUCUGAUUGGCCCAAAACCAUUGCCAUGUGCUUACUUUUUACUCCAGGUACAUAUGCAGGAUUGUGCAAGGCAUGUUUUUGUUUGACCAGUGAUUUGAAAAUCUAUCUAUCUUCACCACAACAAAAGAAAACGCCCUAGAAUGCAGGAAACUACCAAACAUCAGCAUGAUGGGAGCUGACUUGCCCCAGCUAGAAACUACUUUCACUUGCAACUAGCCAUACCAGCAGAUGGAGCAGGAGUGAGGAUAAAAAAACAAGAUAAUCAUAUCCAAGUUUACUGGAAAGUAUAUCCUAAAAAAUGUACAAGCACUGGUGUAGUCUAUAAAAAUCAUUGUUAAUGAAACAUGAGAAGCUAAAGUUAGUGAUUUUGCUUUUCUGUGUAACUCAUAACAAGGAGAGAAAUAAACAGAGAAAACUAAAAUGAAUAUUCUGUGUUCAGACUUCAGAAUUACUGAUGCUAUUUCACUCACAUUAUUUCCAUUAGUAUGC